CGUGUCAAAAAAGUGCUAGAAAAGUGAGAAGGAAAACAUGUUCAGGAAACUCCCGCCAGCUCCUCCAAUGCUAUCCCUGGAGGAGAUCCUCGAGGAUAUGGAGACAUUCAGAGCUGAGAAGCCAGAAAGUCCCGAAACGAGACAUCUACAGGAACCAGACAAUCCUUCCGUGGAAGAUUGGUGGAGGGUCUUUGAGACCUUCCUGAAGGAUGUGGAUCACCUGGCAGAGGUCAAGACAAGGCUGGAGGAACUUAAGAAGCAUGUGCAAGAGAAAAAUCAGACAAUAAAGUCACAAUCGGGAGAAAUUCACGAGGAGAUUGAGAAGAACCUGGAGGAGAUUUCACUGUUUCAGGAGGAAAUGAAGAUGCAGUCUGAGAGAUAAUACUUUAUUGCUUCAUAGUCAACAAUUUUAUAGUUCCUCAUCGACAGCCUGGGAAUGUCUCUGGACGGAAACAGCAAUUUUUAUCUAAUGGAAUGGACUCUAAAUGCUAGACGUACAUCACGUUGGGAUCAGUAACUGAAGCACAGCAGGAGCAAGGAUAGCCUAAAAGAUUGGAAGAUCAUGAGAAAAUUCGCUCCCUGAGGCAGCGGUACUGUUGGUGAAAUUAUAUUUAAGAGAUCUGUACAAGAAAUGAUUGAGAAAAUUCAUAUUUCUUGAGAAUUUCUUCUGCUGACAAUUUUUUUGAAUUUGUUAAGAAGAUUAAUUAAGAAUAGUAAUAGUGUAAAGAAAAAUGUUACAAAGCAUCGCUAAAUAAAAGAAAUUAAAAAUAAAA